AUGGUGGGCUACACCAGCCUCAACGUGGCUUUCCUCCUCCAGGCUUUCUACUCAAUGGCCAGCGCCUCCGCCCCUCAGGGAGAGGAGUGGGAGAUAACGAGGGAGUGCCACAUCAUCCAGGAAGAUGAGAGCAUCAAGGAAAUCCUCAACGCCCUGCCUGAGCGCCUGCCCGACGCACUUCUCGUGGACAACCGUCGGGCUGGCAUUCUCUUCGCGCCACAGCAGCAGCCCGCCCCACCACCCACCGCCGACACCAUCCAGCAGCAGCAGUCACCUGCUGACGGUGCCAGGGAGCAGACGGAGUCACAACAGACCACCAACGCGCCUGCCUCUUCGCCCAUUGUGGCCGCCACGGUGGUGCAGGCGGAGAAGGCGCCCUCUACCAUGAGCCAGAUAAGUGAGCUGCUGCGACGACGAAAGGAAGGCGCCAACAUCCUGCACCUGAUCAUCUCGAUGGUAUUUGAGCGGGUGACAAAGAACAUCAAGGUGAUGCCGGGCUCCGAGUUCAGGGCCGCCGCGCAGGAGGGAAUGAAGUACGGCGCUCGCAUCGUGCUUGGCGACCGGCCGGUGGAGAUCACCCUGAAGCGCACGUGGGGCAACCUUAGCGUCUGGGAAAAGCUCAAGCUGUUGUACUUUGUACUGAUGGACACAUCGCUGGACAUCAAGGAGCCAGGGUGGGAGAUCUCAAGCAGUGGGUGGGACAUCCUGGCGUCACUUGAGGAGGACAUCGAACGCAUGAAGAACUCGGACGUCAUCACAGAGAUGGUGAAGGAGCUGUCCACCGAAUUCCCAUCCCUUGUGGGACCCCUCAUCACCGAACGAGAUCAGUUCCUGGCAUGCAAGCUCCGUUCAUGCCCGGGCGACACCAUAGUCGCCGUUGUCGGUCUGGACAAAAAACCCCAGCAGCAGCAUAACGCUUCGCGCACAGGCAUGGGCCAUUGUGCCGGCAUGGUGGAGUGGUGGGAUCGGGACAUCGACCUGCGCUCAAUUUGCGCGGUGCCUCCGCCUGGCUUCCUGACCAUCAGGCGCGUGCUGCUGUCCGUCGUUCUCUCCCUUUUCUCGCUGAUCGCCCUACUGGUGUACUAUUUCAUGUUCUAG